AUGGACAAUUAUGAGCUUCGAUCGUUAAUUGUAUCUACAUUGGAUUUGAUUAAAGGAAAGCCAGUCAAAGUGAUUAAGGCGUACAUCAAUGUGUUUGUUGAUAUGUUAAAAGAAGAAAAUUACGACAGAAGUGCAAAAGAAAUUGUAGAUUAUAUCAAUUCCUUAUACGGGCAAGACUCUAAACCGAAAUUGAUUAAAGUUUUACGAGACAUAGAUAACUAUGGGAAACCGACUUCGGAAAAGAAUCGGAAUACUUUAGUCAGGAUUAUCAGAGAAGGCAUUCGAUCUAUAAUAUUUGAUCAUUACACACAAUUAAACCCUAAAACUAAAAAAGAAUUGAAAGCAAAGAUAGAAGCGUACAUGAAGAGAAACAAACGAACUUCAUCGAAAAUUGCAAUACCAAACACUCGGGCGAACAAAACGCUCCUUUACGGCGUGUAUAAGAAAGAAGCUGUGAAGCCAUCUGAAAGGAAAUUGGAGAUAAUUGAAAUAAAGCAAACUGACUUAAAAAAUAAUCUUUUGGAUAGUGAAGUUCAGGACAAGAAUCAAAGGAUCCAACAAACAAGAAAAGAAAAGAAAACACAAUCGAAGAUUACUGAAAUUAUCAUGCCGACUAUAGAACAAGAGGAAAAAGAACUGAUAGCUCAUUCAGCAGACGAGGAAGACGAAGAUGGAUCAUCAACUAGUGAAACUUUUGAAAGUAAUUCAAUACAACUGUCACUAGAAAGACAGAAAGAGUUUAAUACUAUGAGGUAUGUAACACUGUAUCCCGAAGCAUUUACACCACUUGCGCCAAAAUAUCAAAAACAUUUCAAAAUUGUUCAUCGAUCUGUCAAGGCUACUACACCAGACAACCAAAAACUUUUAACAAUCUGGGUUGAAGAAUCAACAGGGAUAAUCCCGAAAUACAUACUGAAUAAAUACACGACUACAACGCCGAAACCUCAAAAACAUAAGCACAAUAAGGCUCACAAAAUACAUGAGAAGAAACUAAAAGAGGAACAGACCAAAUCUAAAGGAAAACAUCGUAAUAAAUAUAAAAGCACGACAGGAGGUAUAAAACAGAAACAUGGUCACAAAUCUUAUAAACACGACACUACUAGAUAUACAAAGAAACACGAUUCCAAACACAGAACUACCUACAAACCUAAUCUAAAGUAUGAAAAAGAGAAAUACACUAAUAAUAAAAAGGUACAGAGUUUAUUCGAAGAAAAUGAGCUUCUAUCUACAAACAAAGUUAUGAAUAUGUUUGGACUUGUAAGAUUGGAUGUUAACCAGAACCUACUACUAAAUAAUGUAACGGCAAAAUUACCUCGAGCAACAUAUCGAGGCCCAUCCAUUUUGCGGACGCCAUCCUUUAUGCGACAUAGACAGAACAUUCAACAAUUGAAAACUUCUCUCUCGUCUGACCUUCCAAGUAAUAAGCUACGUAUAGGCGUUCUACGCCCAGCAUCCUUAGCUGCCAUUCAGAAAAGAUACAAAAUGUUAUCGAAUCCUCAAAAUUGGAAUGAGAGGAAAAACAGUAAACACCACACACGAUCUGACGAAGGAUUUGUCGAAGAACGUGGUCAAAACAAUGGAGAUAUGUUAAGAAUGAAAGACCCUGCUCUAAUACAGCGCUUGCGUCAGCUUGAAAAGGAACUUAAAGAAGUAAAGAAUAAUAUAAACACAGUCUCCAAAAACACUAAGAAAAAAGUUAUAGCUAGAAGAAGUAAAGACAAAGUAGAUGCUGAGACGACAGACAAACAAAUGGUAAAAGAUACAGGAAGCGAAGACACUGGUAAUAGUAUUCAUGUUAAUAAAACUGCUGAAAUAAUCACGACCCAACAACAGUUAAUGAGCACUGUCAAAAAGCCAGAGUAUCAAAUCGAAUAUAAAGUAGUCAAAGAAAAAGGUUCCAGUUUCAAAGAAAUCGUACCUGAUUAUACAACAAAAGAAAAUGAGGUAAGGGGGAUGAAACCAUUAAAAUAUGGUGCAAUUAAACUCCAGUCAAACGAUGAAAGACAAGUGGAGUUACACAAUAAAUCAAUCCUGAUUAAUUCAACAAAAUUAUCACCAAGUACAACCGAGACAAUAUAUACAACUACUGUAAAAACGGUUGAAGUAAACACUAAAACGGCUAAACUCUUCACAGCAAAAGCUUUAAGAGUUGCAACGAGUACUAUUCAACCAAAGACUACUAAAGGAGACGUUCAUACAAACACGAAGCCAAUAACUGUUACAGUAGCUCCUACCACCAGUUUCACAACUGCAAAUGCUAAUGAGACUACGACUAGUGACGCCAUAGUAUAUGCAUUUAAAAAUAAUGUUGAAGAUCUACCCGCGUCUGCAACAUCAUCACCAAAACUCUUAAACGAUACACUUCUGGCAAAGAAAGUACACAAAUCCCUAAAACAAAUCGACGCCCUCCUCAACGGAGUCCAAAAAGAAAUUAACAAACAAAGGAUAAUCCUCAAAUCUAGAAUAGAUUAUGAAAACGCUCCAAUACCAGAUGAUGGUGAUUUUCUGAAUUAUGACGUCACAGAUUUGUUUUGGGGCGAACAAACUGGAUUGGAUGGGAUGACACAUGAAGAUAAAACAUCUACAUUCUUAGCAACACCAGAAACAGUAGCGCCGGUUCAGACUCCAGAAGAAAUAUACGAAGAAGAGAUUACUUGGCCAAGUUUGACAACACCUGAGUACACUACCAGCAAAUACUUCCCUAGAUAUCCAUAUGAACCUCCACAACUUUACCAAACCAUCCCUGCAUUAACCGCGCCACAGGAGCCUGUACCGACAAGGAACGAUUCCUUUGAUAUAAUUAUAACACCACCCAACUUCGUAAACAUGACACAUAAGGUUAAAAAGGACGCUGAUUACGAUUAUCACAAAGAAUUCCAUGCGGUCAAUAUUGGUGUCACAAAAAAAUCAUUUUUUGCAACUUUUCCCUUGCAUACUGAUGCCACAGUCACUGCUAAAGCUUAUCCACCUUAUGUUUACUCGCUACUUGAUAUCGAUAACCUUUACACUGUUAAAAAACCUUUUACAAUGGAACCAACAGUUUCUACAAAUAUUCCUUUUACUACGAACGUACAAAAAUCGAAAGAAAGCCAUAAUUUUAUAAACAUAUUUAGCCCAGUGACCCCGAGGAUACCCGAUCAAAGAUGGACAGCCAGAACUUCAUCCUGGGCCGGGCUGACUACAUUGUUACAGCCAAAAACCACUUUAUCAAAAGCGCAAUUGUGGGUUCAGAAUCUAAUGAAGAAUUCCGGCGCUCGUAUACACAGAGAAGGUUCUUUGUCUCCUCCCAGAUAUCCUCCACCUGCAACAGACAACGAAUUUUCCUUCUCCACAGGCCAAACAGAGAGGCUUGUACCAGAGACGGAACUUUAUGAGAUUUUUACAACUACACCAGAGCACGACCCUUUAACGAGCACAACUAUAGUUACUGCAUUACCAGGCUCUGCAGGGGAAAUAUUGUAUGGAGGCUACUCAUCAAUGGUAUAUCAGUUGUUGAAAGUCAGGAAGACUGCUGUAGCAGUGGACGUAAACUCCAUCAUAGAUUAUGCUGAUCUGCUGUAUACGGAUGAUGAGGGAGGGCAACUCUUCGAUGCCAUAAUGGAAUACGAAGAAUACCCAAAUGCAACUAAAGCUAAAUCAAAAUAUCUUCGAAAAUUACACAAUCGCAACACAAACAAAAGAAUGAGAGAAAUUAAGAAGCAAGAAGUUGUUGAUGACGUCAUAAAACACUUCUCUUCUCGACUGAAAAAUAUUGAAUCAUUGAAACGCUCAUCAAACUAUGCGAAAGAUAUGAUAACACCAGUUGUCAACAAUAAUAUGUUCGCGGAAAAUAAAAUAUAUUUUAAAUCUUCUAAAGAGAAAUUAAAAUAUAAUGAAUAUGACGAAUCGCCAAUAAAUUACAAUAAAAUAUUAUUCGAUACAUCUUUUAAAAACCAGGAAGAAAGUAAAAUCGAUGUAGACGGUCAUACAAAUCAAACAUCACAUUAUAUUGAUUUUGAUGAAACGCCGACGAUUGAAGAAAAUAGUCAUGUUUCAACAAAUGAAAUCGACGGAAUGAAGGAAAAUUUACAAAAUGCUAUUGAAAACACACAAGGCAAUGAAAAUUAUAACAAGAUGAAAGCUUUAAAAUCUUAUGCUCAGAUUUUAAAUGAAGAUAAUAGUCACAAUAUUCCCAGUAAAAACUCAGGUUUAGUUUCUACUGCAUCGACCAAGUCGCCGAAUCAUCAUUACUACGAGAUGAUGAAUGAACUAGAUGAAGGAUAUAUGAUGAUAUUUCUAAUAGAACUUUGCAGAAUAAUUUCUGAACAGGAUCUGGAUCACAUUCAAGCUGUCAUUAUACACAUGGAAACUAUAAUCGAUGAGUAA